AUGAUCCGCCAGAAGCCCUCCGCGGCCAUGCAGAAGACCUACGACGACUGCUACCUGGUUUGCUCGACCGCAGUCUACUUCGAAUCCCAGGGCAAUGAGUCCGAGGCACUGAGAUCAUGGCGCAACGCCCUGGACCAGAUCUACUACUUCAAUGCUUACCGCCGUCCUGCCAACUGGGCCCCCAAGACCGAAACCGAAAAGACGCUGCAGUCCUCGCUGCGAGAGCUGGAGCUGCAGUGCAAGGAGCGCGUUGACCUGCUCGAGGCACUAAAGGAGAGCCGCAAGGAUGCCAAGAAGGAGAAGGCCACCGUCUCUGCCUCUGCUUCCGUUGGCGAUCUUCAAGCCUCAAGCGAUGCGGCUUCACGACCUGAAGACGGACCUGGCUGGCUGGGUGAGGGCACUAUCCCACCGGUCAACUAUCCUGACCUUGCAAGACCGCCGCCGCUGCCUAAGCGUCCAUCAUUCCCCAAAGCCAGAAGCAGCGAAGGACCCGGAGAAGAAAGGAGGAAUGUUGAAGACGCUGAGGCCAACGCCAAAAGACGGAAGGAAGGUCUCGUCAUCAUCGCGUCCAUCUAUCUCGAAGGGAAAGCCCCCGGCAGCGGCAAAGGCGGCAACGCAGGCUUGGGGCUUCACUUCUGGCCAGAACAAAUUGACAUCUGA